AUGGAAAUAUCAAAUAAUCCUGAAGUUAUUUGUCGAAUGGGUCGUAUUACAAUGAAUACAGCAUUAGAAGAUGAUAUUUAUGGAAAUGUUAAUUCAACACAUGUUCUUGGAUCAGAGAUGAUGAAUGGAAUUGGUGGAAUUCAAGUAAUGGUUAGUGAACAAGAUUUAGCUGAUUUACGUGCUAAAAUUCCAAAAGAAUCAGCUCGAUUAAUCAUUGAAAAAUGUGCUCAUCCAAUAUAUAAAAAUCAAUUAAGAGAUUAUUUUGAACAUGUACAACGUUUUUCAUUUGGUCAACAUACAUCACAUGAUCUUAAACAAGCUCUUUCAUGGCAUAUUAGAUUACAAGAAACUGAUUCAAUGCAUCCAGAUCAUCAAACAACUACUAGGCAAUUCUAA